AUUUCACCGUGUUUGGGGUUGCAUCGCGUCGCGUAACCGCAUCACAGUCCACAAAAAAGGGAACCCUUGGCCAUAAUAUCGACUAUUACUAACAUGCUAAUCUAGCAUCGCAGAAGUUCACAAAUUGUCCAACGAAAGCGAAACCUAAACCGUCAGUCAACAAAUUGUUGCUUCAGGUGCCGGGCAUAGAAGCGUGGAUCCAUAAAAAAUUGAGCAUAAAUAAUUAAUUUCAAUAAACCCAAAUACAUACAAAAUGUCGCCGUUCAUGGAGAAGACGCUGUUGUUGUUAGGCGUGCUCUGCUGCAUACAAGUUACCACUGCCGUGAUAUGCUAUGACUGCAAUAGCGAGUACGAUCCCCGGUGCGGCGAUCCCUUCGAGCCUUACUCCAUCGGCGAGGUGAACUGCAGCAAAACGGAGCUGAAGGAGCACCUGAAGGACAGGUAUCCGCCCGUUCUGUGCCGCAAAACCGUUCAGAAGAUUUACGGUAAAACCCGGAUCGUACGUGGCUGCGGAUAUAUUCCAGACGAACACACCGAUUCCAAGUGCGUGAGGCGCUCGGGAACCCAUGACGUGGCUGCCAUCUACUGCUCCUGCACCAAGGAUCUGUGCAACGGCGCCAACUCACCUGUUGCCCAAUGGAUGUGGCUGCCCCUCGUCCUCUUCGCCGGAUUGGCGAUCCUGCUGAACUCGAGGCACACAAUACGAUUCCAGAGCUCGUAAAUUGAGCCCGACCUAGCAUUUUACUGAGUUCACUUAUACCUAUCGUUUCUGACUUUGUUUUUAGUGGUUUUUCGAUUCAGAUCUGCAAUUGAUGUUCAUUUAGUUGCAUAAUUUACUUAAAUAUAAUUUAUUUACUUUAAUAAUAAUUUAAUGUGUUCGUAAGCGUAAAAAUGUUAAUAAUAAUAUAAAAAUCAACUUACCUUAUGGGUUCACACACAUUAUAUAAAAUAGCAGAACAAAAAACGAGAAGGUAAACACAUUUUUGGGGGCAGUAAUAAAUCUACAUUUUUAAUCCCUUGUUUCAAAUUAAUUUUGAAUACAGAAAAACUGCCAAUAAAUGUCUCCGCCUAAAAAAAUUGCAACCUUCUUAACCUUAUAACCUAACAGUUCAUAACUCAAGUUACAAAUAAGUCAGAGAAGCAGAAAUUCUUUUCUUGUUCUGUAGCGGUUUUACCAACUUUGCUUGAGACGAGAAGGGUUUCCUUGUUCUUGGCUUAAAGUUUUUGAGUGAAAACUUUACAACGUUUUAUAUACCAUUUUAUUUCCAUUUAAUUUGUGGCAAAUGGGGUAGGGGUAACCUGAGACCUGUUGAAAGUGUUUCUAUAAUGAAUAACAACUCAUUCUAAGGCAACAAGUUUGCCAUAAAUAGAAAUCAGAGCUUCAUUAAGCCAAAAUUAUAUACGUCUAUUUUAUCAUUUCGGCUUUAAACCAGGUUAAUCAUUAUAGUUGCUAUUUUGUAGUCCCAAUACACAAUAUUUUAUGAAUUUUUAUAUAAUUUAAAACAAAAAGUAGAAAAGGGCAAACCUCAAAGGCAAACCCUUCAUGAAACCUAUUAGUGCAAAUUCUAAAGAUCAACAUCUAUCUUUACGGCAAAGAGUUUGCAUUAAUUAAAAUUCAUAACUCAUUUGAAACCGGAAAAUCGUUUUAAUAGAGAUCAAAAUAAGAGAAACGUAUUUAUACGAACUAAAUAAAUUAAAAAAACCUAUCUGCAAAACAAAAGAGAAUCCAUAAAAUACUUAAAAUGAAAGGGGAAAACAAAUUUUGUCCAUUAUAAGCUUCAUAUGAACUAAACCAAUACGUACUAUUCGGCAAUGAUUUCUAUGACAUUUUCGAAGGGCUUUGAAGAAGGUCUGCUGAAAGUGAAGUUGCUAUCGUGGCUGAUAUACAUAAAUCUUCCUAAUAAUUUAGACGGAAAGUGCAUCAACAUUUUGAUUUGUGUCCCCGAUACAAUACUAACACAAACCAAGGUACAGUCAACACAAAGCAUGGCAAGAUAUUUAAAAACAGAAACACUAGCCAACAUAUAAAAACCAGUUACAAACACAUCAUUUUGUGUAGAAAAAAAAAGAAGAUAUAUAUAUACACAUGAAAAAUUGCA